GGAGCGCGGCAUGUGUGGCGCGCUGCUGCUCGCGCUGCUAGCGGCGGCGCGGGCCGGCGAGCCCAACGCGACGGACCUCGCCACCGAGCAGACAGACCUCGAGGAGAAAACGCCACUCUUCCCGCCGGAUAUAUUCACCGAGGAACAACGACGCUCUGGCGCGGUCGUAUUCCACGUGAUCGGCAUGGGCUACAUGUUCGUGGCACUGGCUAUAGUCUGCGACGAGUUCUUCGUGCCGGCGCUCGACGUGAUCAUCGAGAGGCUGGCCAUCAGGGACGACGUCGCCGGGGCCACGUUCAUGGCGGCGGGGGGCUCCGCGCCAGAACUCUUCACCUCCAUCAUCGGAGUGUUCGUGUCCUUCGACGACGUGGGCAUCGGGACCAUCGUGGGCUCGGCGGUCUUCAACAUCCUGUUCGUGAUCGGAGCCUGCGCCCUGUUCUCGCGCACGACUCUGUCUCUGACGUGGUGGCCACUGUUCCGUGACUGCACGUUCUACUCCAUCAGCCUGCUGGUGUUGAUAUACUGUUUUCGUGAUAACGUGAUAUAUUGGCAGGAGGCUCUGGUGCUGUUCUCGUUGUACGGGGCAUACGUGCUGUUCAUGAGGUGGAACCAGCCGGUGGAGAGGGCGCUCAAGAAGCUGAUAUACAAAAACAAGGUGACUCGAGUGAGGAGUACGGAUCAACUGAUGCCGACGCACCAGUCAGCCGCCCAAGCUUUGCAUGGGAACGCUACUACGUCUAGCGAGACGUCUGUGGGCACGAACACGGCUACGGUGACGGCGACACCUGGACCCAGCAAGCCCCCGCCGCCCGCAGCCAAGUUCAGACACGGUCUGCUGCAGCUCAUGAUACACACGAUCGACCCGAUGCACGACGGUGAGUUAGGGAAAGUGGAUGAAAAAGCUACGCAGCUUCACGCGAUCGCUUCCCUGAAAGUGCUGCUAGAAGCGACGCGGCCGACCGCAGGCGGCGCUGGAGCUGCAGCAGCGAAGCACUCGGCAGCAGCAGCAGCCAAAGAGACGACCCUUGACCUUCCCAACGGAGGACUAGCGGACGUACAAUUAGAUGCUAUAGAGGAGAUCGGAGACCUGGAAGAGGACACGACCCCCCUGGACAUGUCCUGGCCGUCUGGUUUCCGGAAGCGAGUGACGUACUUGUUGGUCGCACCUAUUGUCUUCCCACUUUGGAUUACUCUCCCGGACACAAGGACUCCGAGAGGGAAGAAAUUGUUUCCUAUAACAUUUAUAGGAUCAAUUGUUUGGAUAGCGUUUUUUUCCUACCUCAUGGUGUGGUGGGCUAAUUUGGUGGGGGCGACGGCGUACGUUCCCCCGGAGGUGAUGGGGCUCACGCUGCUUGCCGCAGGGACCUCGGUGCCGGACUUAAUAACGUCGGUGAUAGUCGCGAGGAAAGGUUUCGGUGACAUGGCCGUGUCGAGCUCCGUGGGCAGCAACAUAUUUGAUGUCACAGUCGGUCUGCCGCUGCCGUGGCUGCUGUACGGCAUCAUCAACGGCGAGCCGGUGCAGGUCAAUUCUAAGGGUAUGGUGUGCAGUAUUGUGCUGCUUUUCGCGAUGCUGAUCUUCGUCAUCAUCAGCAUAGCCUGCUUCAGAUGGAAGAUGAACAGAGGUCUCGGUUUCACCAUGUUUCUGCUAUACUUCGUGUUCGUUGCCGUCAGUUUAGGUCUAGAGUACGGAUAUUUGCAUUGUCCCAGCGAAUAGUGCUUAGAGACAUUAGUUUAAAGUCACGAGCACAAAUCGGUUCAAACAACAAUACAUCGAUGUUACGAUAUAUGUAAUUAAGAUCGGUUAUUUAAUUUCAAUAUUAUAGCAUGAAUAUUUCUAUAUAUUUUUAUUGGUUCACAAUUUAAAAAAAAUAAAUUAUAAUGUUGUAUUUAUAACCAACUCUCGCCUUAUCUAAAGUAACGUCGCUUCGUUUAGUUUUUAAGUGACUUCGCUCAAACAAUUUUCCAACCAUUUUAAGUAAAUUUUGACGUAACUUGAAUUGGUGUCGAAAAGCGCAAAAUGAAUUACCUGAUGGGGUAGAGUGGUGUUUUGACUUGAUGUUUAUCCGGGAUCCGGGACCCGGGAUCCCGCGGUAGAUUUUAUAGACAGAAGAAUAGUAACUGACAUAGAUUGUAGAUAUAUUUAUAUAAAUGUUAGUUGUUUAUAGCUUUACGGUAAUUUUUAGUGUAGCCGUGUUUGAAUGUUUUUUAUUUAGUAUAUUAUUAUUAUUAUUGUUUUGUUUUAAUUUUUGUAAAUAUUUUGAUGUAUCCGUAGCGAGUUAUUUUGAACGCUAGGUCGAGUUACGUUUCGUCCAAGACAUAGCGCGGACGUCGAAGUUUCAUGUUUUAUACAAUUUUUUAUACGAAUUGGAUAAAUUCUGCAAAUUUAUUUUACAAUAAAUAAUACAAUGAAAACAUAUAAAAUUAUAUUUACCUUAGAUAUAAUGAUCCCAAACAGUACCAAUAUUUAUACCAUUAGUUAUUCCAUAGCGAUUAACUAGUAAUCGAAUAAUCGAAUGUAUAUAAUCGAUUAUAGAUAACGGAAAGUUUUAAACGUUCAUAGUAAUUUGGCUUCCAAUACAAAGCACGAAAGGUGCGUCUCCACAAUGAGCCCUCGCUGUCGUGUGCUGUAAAUGAUAUGAAAAUCUAUGUCUCAAAUAUUAUAUUAUAAAUAUUAUAACAAAUUAUAAUUAUACAAAGACGAUGUCGCCGCACAAGUGUUAGAUAAAGUAAUGUAAAUACACAUAGGAGCGGGGCGGACGCGGCCGGCGCGGCGGGUGGGGUGGGGGGAGGCUGGGGAGGUUGAUAUUAUUAAUAAUAAUGAAUAUUUUACAUUAUAAUCAGAUUACAUUUAAUGUGCCUAAGAGUUUGAAAGCUCUGUCAUUUUUAACUAGCUUAUAUACGGGUAAAUAUCUUCGAUAUCCUUACUACAUAGCUGCUGUCUGUAACAAGAGGCUCUGUCCCGCUCAAACUGUCGCUCAUUUCAAAGUAUUACGAUUUCAACACUAGUCCUAUCCUACGGCUGUUGUUCUAACUUUUCUCUUAAAUGAAAAAUUUAUUGAUAAAUAGCUUAAUUUUAUAUAAUUUGAACAUCUUAGUAAACCGUCCGUAGAGUCACUGAUAACGUCGAGAUUGUUUCGCUAAAAUUGAAUCUAUCGGAGAUUGUUAUUGAACGUUUGUUAGUGUCACACGAACUAUAUGAGAACCCGCCUAUUUGACGUAGCAAUAAAUAGAUUAUAUUAGAUAGAUUGUAAAGUUAAGCUUUAACAGUUCAGAGGAUCGUCAGCGGGUCUAAUCAAAUGACAGAGAACGCGCUUCGAUGACAAAAAACUUUGAUUCAAACGAAAAAAAAAAUUAACGUAGUAGUUCGAUGAAAUUGAUGAAUAUUUUAGUAAACGAGAGCGGUCCGGGUGCACAUAUCGCUAGGUGUCAGGCGUUUCAUAUUCUGUGAUAAGGGCAUGCUUAUGACAUAUAUAUAUGACAAACUCCUUCUCGUCUCACACUGUAUAUACUAAGGUUGGAUUUGAUAAUAGUGAUAAUAGAUUUCUGUAGUUCGCUUAGCGGCGUCGUUUGGACUUGCAGUUUGUUACAGAGCCUAUCGGUGAGAUCUCGAUACAAUUGAUCGCGGUCCCCCGUCGCGCUCGUGGAACUGGAAGAUCCAAUCGGCCAUCUAUACAACUAUACUUAAGACGUAAACGAAUUUUCUCUCCCUCGUGUUAUUCAUAAACGUGUCGGUGAUAACGGUUUGACGAUUUAGAUUCGUGUAGGACGCGGUUAUAUAUAUAUAUAAAUUAAAAAGUUAUAUUUAAUGACAUGGAAAGCACCAAGUAUGUGUGUACGUAUGUGUAAGAGUAUUCACUUCUUUACCUAUACUAUCCUAAAACUUAUACACUAGCGACUUCUAUCUAUCUUCUCUUAAUAUAUUAAUUAGAUUCUGUAAAACUUUUCAUCCUUCCAUUGUAAUCAGCGUCCGCGGUAGGUUGUCGUGAAGCGACGCAGAGUGUUGCCAUACGACACGCUACGUGCGUUACGCACUCUCAUCUGUAGUCGCAUCAAAUGGCAUUUGUUCAAUACCAAAUAGCACAGCCGACUUAGUUUCCAUUAUAUUUAUAUUUCAAAUGUUAUUAAAGCCUAUACGAUUUUUGAAGAUAUCGCAAUCGGUAACUUAUAAGACGUCUUUAUCCCUUGGUAGUGUAAGACUAGGCUUAAAGCUAAAUAAAAUUGAGAAAAAAAAAAAUGUUAAUGAUCUCAUUAUUGAGUAUGAUAUCCAGGUAGAAUUGUUACUAGAAUGAUGGUUUUUAUAUAAAUUAAUAAAUUUAAUGGAAUAACGACACACGAACCGAUCAUUGUAUACUCUUGGACGCGGUCGGAGGGACUUCCUUUUGUCGUUAAAGAUUAUAAUCUAAUGAUAAAAGAUAAACUGUGUUGAUGUUCAGCUUUAAUGUGUCGCGUCUGAGGCAAUACAAUGACUUUAGUCAUGACCUUUUUUCAUAGCUGAGACAUCGCGAGCUCGACAGUCAUUGGAUGUUAAGAAAAAUCAUUACUAUUAAUUUUGUUUCCUUGAGGGAAUUCACGAAGACUCUGUAUUAGUUCCAUACAGUUUGUAUUCCUUCAAACUCUAAAUGGAUGAAUUUUUUUUUUUAUAUACAUAUAUAUUUUCUAAGACUGUCGAGCUCGCUAUAGCAGCGUAGAUUGUUAAUAGUGAUAUUAAUUAAGUAAAAAAAAUGUUAUUAAUUAGAUAAGUUUAGAUUUUCAAAGUUGUAAGAGGCGGCUCUCGACGGUUCAAAGUUGAAGUUAUGUAUUAUCUCUUUCGAAAAGUAUUGAUUGUUGAAUUGUUAUUAUAAUUUCCUAUAGGAACUGUACAUUUGAACACUUGAUGUGAUUUAUUUGUGUUUGUUAAUGUACCUCUCGAAUGGAUUCAUUUAUCUUUACUAUAAUACUGUCAGUUUGUCGUAUAAAGUAGUUAUUUAUUUACAACGUGAAAGACGUGACUAAUAUAAACACGAACAGUGAAACGAAUGCUAGUACAACAGAAUAUAAAUCGAUUAUUUUGUUAUGUUUUAAAAUGUUUAAUAUUUUAAACGUGACCGUUAACAGUGUAAUGUUUAUUGAUCGUUGACUGUUGAUUGUAUGUGAUUAUUUUUUAUAUUAUGAUAAUUAAAUGAAUUAGUUUCGAUUAGUGUUCAAGUAAGUUUUUUUUUUGUCAUACGUAAAGAGCAUCGGCGUGUCAACCGUAUUAUGAAAAAUUACAAUAAAAAUUAUAAAAUAGUGAAUUA